UUUUUGGUAGUAUUACUCAUGCAGCUGCUAAGCUAUUAAUAACUAGUUUUGCCUAUUUGUAAAUGCAUAGAUACUUAACUGUGUGACUUCUGAACUAUCAUGUUUCUCCUUUUUAGAUAUUAAACCUGAAAAACCUCUUAAUUAGCUACAAUGAUGUCUUAAAGCUCUGUGAUUUUGGUUUUGCUCGGAAUUUAUCUGAAGGCAGCAAUGCAAAUUACACGGAGUAUGUGGCCACACGGUGGUAUCGUUCACCUGAGCUGCUUCUGGGAGCCCCAUAUGGAAAGGCUGUUGACAUGUGGUCGGUGGGUUGUAUCCUUGGAGAGCUGAGUGAUGGCCAGCCUCUCUUUCCUGGAGAAAGUGAAAUUGAUCAGCUUUUUACAAUUCAGAAAGUAUUAGGGCCUCUACCACCAGAGCAGAUGAAGCUGUUUUACAGCAACCCUCGGUUUCAUGGGAUGCGGUUUCCUGCUGUAAAUCACCCUCAGUCCUUGGAAAGACGAUAUUUAGGCAUCAUUAGCGGCGUAUUACUUGACCUCAUGAAGAACUUACUGAAGCUAAAUCCAUCUGAUAGAUAUCUGACCGAUCAGUGCUUGAACCACCCUGCUUUUCAGACUCAGAGACUCUUGGAUCGGGGUGGAAGCUCACCUUCCAGAUCAUCCAAGAGAAAAACCCAUCAUUCAGAGAGCAACUCGUCAAGCAGGUCAUUUAGGAAACCAUCUAGUAAAAGUUCUCAGCCACAUCACAGAUCAAACAGUAAAGAUGCUCAGUCUCUUUCUGUUGGAGCAAAACGAAGUGAGGAAGCUCAUCCUCCAAAUGAAACAUUCAUUAAUGGAAACCACCCAGCAGGAUCUCAUAGCCCAACAGUCCACCCAAAAAAGAGUAACCAAAGCGGGACUGGCAACAAAGAUCUAUCCAACAAUUUGCCACAUCUCGUUAGUCCAAAGGAAGCUAAAUCGAAGAAUGAAUUUGACUUUAACAUUGAUCAAAAAACAACUGAUGGACCAGGAAGCAAAUACAUGAAAUCAAGUUCCCGGUCCCAGCACAACAGGCAUUCAUUUAUGGAGGGAAAAACUGGCAGUUUACAACCUGGCGAAAGGCAUGCUCGCCAUAGCUACAUUGACACAAUCCCACAGUCCUCAAAGAAGAGCAGUUCCUACAUGAACUAUUCUAAAAAUCAUGGUGUCCUAACAGACUCAAAAUCGGUGGGAAAUCUUAGUGAAACUAGAGGGCAGGCAUUGGAGCCAAACAGUAGAUAUUUUCCAUCCAGUUGCCAUGACUUAAAUUCUCCAACUAGCCCUGCAGGUCCUAGGCAUGGUGAAAGUAGGGCCAUGUUAAGUCCCUCUGGAAGGACUAAUCGUAAAGAAGGGACCCUAGAGUCUCGAAGGCCUACCACUAGACAUUCCAGAACCAUGGAGGAGCUGAAACUUCCUGAUCAGCUGGAUGGUAGUCAUUCCCAUUCCCAUUCAGCUCCACAUGAGUCUUUUUCAUAUGGCCUAGGCUACACUAGUCCUUUCUCCUCACAACAGCGUCCUCACAGGCAUUCAAUGUAUGUGAGUCGGGACCGUGUGCGAGUUAAAGGCAAUGACCAAGGACUCAGUGUUGGGCAGGGAAUGGCAUCAAGGGCAAACAGUCUGCAGUUGUUAUCUCCUCAGGCUGACCCAGCUCUGUCAGAGGGGAUCAUCCACUCAAGACCACUAGCUAAAGAGCCCAACAGAGAAGGCACAGCUUCAUUUAACACGCGUCAAAAGUCUGAGGGAGGUCCUUAUCAUGAUACACAUGCAGAUGAUGGGGCGUCCUCCAAAGAAAACCGCCAUAUGUACAGUGACACAGUCCCUCGAAGGGUUGGAAGCUUCUACAGAGUUCCAUCACCUCGUCCAGAGGGAAAUUUUCUUGAAAAUAGCAUGUCAAACCGCAGUUCUUCACACCCAGUUGACAACAGUACAGGAACAAAUCACUCAAAAAGACAGACUACUUUUGAUCACUGGAAAGGAGUAGAAAAAAGCCAUUCAGAACAAAUCAAAGACAAAGAAAAGCAAAGUUUUUUCCGAGUCAUAAAAAAGAAAAAGAAGAAACCCCAACCUAUGCCUAAUACAGAAGGUCAGGAACAUCUGGCCAUACAGAAAGGUGUCCUCUCCUCCAGUCACAAAAGCAGCCGGCACAAGGAGUGGCGCCCCGACAAGAUGGGAGAAAUCCACUCACAUAGUCAGCCUCUAAAGUCACUUUGGAAACUCUUACACCCAUCAUCAUCAAACCACUCAGUUCCCCCAAAUUCACAUUUCCAACCUUUACCAAACCAACCGCCUAAAACACCCAACUUCUCAGAGGCCAGAAUACACCCAAUGGGUCAACCUUCCAGCUCCUCCCAUCGACAGGAGGCGCAGUCAAAGAGUCGGCAGGGCCUGCAGCUUCCUGGACAGCCGGAGUCGCAUUGGCAUGUUUCCCCGGUAAACAGAGGGACAAGUGAAGGAGCUUCUUUUCCCGACCAGUUGGCAUCAAAACCUGGACAGAAUGGGCUGCCUUUUAACCGGACAAAAAGAACCCGAUUGCCAAAUUUGAAUGACCUUAAAGAGACUGCUCUUUAG